GCUUUUUCGUACUGUUGUUUGUUCGCCCCUUUCAAACGAAAUGGCGUCGCCGUUGAUGCGCAGCGCCACGCAGCGCGAGCAUGGAGCGCACAUCCGGAAGGACCACAAUCUGUGGGUGAGCGUUGUGGAGGCCAAGAACCUCGACAUUGAUGAUCGUUGCAGCACCUACUGUCUCCUGAAGAUUAACAACCAAGAACGCGGCCGCACCAAGACGGUCAAGAAAAAUCAAGCGCCAUUGUACAACGAUGACUACACCUUUAACUUGAGCGACACCUUCAAGGAGCUCUCUGUCGUCGUUUGGAAUGAGCAAAAGCGAGGCGACAAGCCGCUUGGCCAACUGCACAUUCCCAAGGACUUUUUGGCGUCAGACCACUUGCAGCACGAAGAAUGGUUUACCAUCGAACCGGCUCUGGACGAGGGCUCGGUGAAGGGAUCGGCGACGCUGGAAGUCAUCUACACACGGGGUGCAGGGCCCGACGACGCAGACAAGGUGACUGUUGUUGUCGUCUCCGCCAAGGACUUGAUCAGCAAGGACGCGAACGGCCUGAGCGACCCGUUCGCGGUGCUGCACCUGCUGCCCGAUCCGGAAUUCGAGACGACGCAAAAGACCAAGCUGAAGAAGGAGACGCUGGCUCCCGUCUUUAACGAAAUGUUCAACUACAGCAUCCCCAAGAAGGGCGGCAUGCCAAAGUACCGCUGCCUGUUCUUCACGCUGUGGGACUGGGAUCGUUUUGGCGAGAAUGACUUCCUCGGCCAGGUGCUGAUUGACUUUGAAGACCUGUUCCGAGUCAAUCCCAACGACAACCCCAUCAAGUACAACGAAUCGCACACGCUGCUGCCCAAGACGGUGAUUGAUCCGAUGGCCGCUGCGCCUGCUGCGCGCGAUCACAAGUUUUCCAUCCACAGCUACAAGUCCCCCACCUGGUGCUACGUGUGCUCUGGAUUUUUGUAUGGCCUGGCUCGUCAAGGCGUCAAGUGCAAGGACUGCGGGUUUAACUGCCACGAAAAGUGCGUCAUGCAGGUUCCUUCGAACUGCCGCGGUGACAAGAUGAAGCGAAUCAAGAAAAUGAGCAAAGGACUGUUGAGUCACAAGAUUACGUCGCAACAAGCGUACGUGCUCGAAGUGCAAGACGACUUGCUCAAAGCGCUUGCGCUCGGACCGCAAGCCCCUGGUCGCGCCAAGCCGCACUUGUUUGAGCCAAAGUUCUUCAAGCAGCCCUCCAACUGCGGUCACUGCUACUCGUCAAUGUGGAUGGUUGAAGGAGCCCAAUGCACCCACUGUGGUCUGAACUGCCACGAAAAGUGCAAAAUCAACAUUCCGGCCUUGUGCGGCACCGUUGGCCAAGUGCGCAUCAAGUACAAGUACACUGACGACCCAGUGCUGUCGCUCAGCACCUACCUGCCGCUGUACGAAGUUUUGCCAGAGCAAGAUUACUACAUCAUCAUGUUGCUACAAGCUGCCAGCAACCAAAAGGAGGAUGUUGCCCGCUGUCUUGUCCGCAUCUUUGAGGGCCAAGGGAAUGCGCUCACCUUCCUGAACACGAUGGCUCGCAAGGAGGUCACUUCAACAGCCGAUCCCAACACCAUUUUCCGCGGCAACUCGCUCGCGACCAAGGCAUUCGAUGCCUACCUCAAAUUGCAUGGCAUGCCUUACCUGCACUCCGUCCUCAAGCCAAUCAUCUCGUCCAUUGUGUUUGACAACGUCAAUUGCGAAGUCGACGAAACCCGCCUUGACAAGGGCGAGGAUUUGAGCAAGAAUUGGAAAAACCUCAAGGCCAUCGUUUCGCGAACAUUUGAUGCCGUCCUUGGCUCGGCAACCAGCUGUCCCUUCGAAUUCCGGGUGCUGUUUGGCCAUCUCCGCGAGCUUGUGCAAAAGCAAUUCCCGACAGACGCCGUGAUUCCAUACACUGCCAUCUCUGGAUUUAUCUUUCUGCGCUUCUUCUGCCCCGCCAUUUUGGGCCCUCAGCUGUUCGAGAUGAUGGACGACCUGCCUUCCCCCCGUAUUGGUCGCACGCUGACGCUGGUUGCCAAGACUCUGCAAAACCUUGCCAACCUGGUCGAGUUUGGUGGUAAGGAGCCCUUCAUGGUGAAAAUGAACGAGCUUAUUGUCAAGCGUCGAGAUGACAUGAAAGCCUUCCUGGACAAGCUAUCGACCCCCGUGACAGUCGCUUCGGCUCCCAAUGCCAAAAUCGAUCUUGAGGUUGAGCUCUCCCGCUUGUAUCGCUUCUUCCUGCAAUGCCGCGACAAGAUGCACGUCGCCCACAAAGAGAGGGGCCAGAACGCCCCCGGAAAGAAGGAAGUUGAGAGAAUUCCUUCCUGGGAUCCGCGCUACAAGGAAAGCAAACAGCCUGAGAACCAAGUCACGUUCGUGCGCUUCCUGGACGUUCUGGAGGAUCUGACUCGCAAGCACAAAGUGGCCGUGUCGCAGGACUCGGAGGCAUCUUCCCCAGCGCCGCUCACCCCACGCUCGCGACUUUCGGGCCUGUUGGGCCAAAACCAGUCUGCCAUCCUUCAGGAGGUCACCGAGUCGUUGUUGCGAACAGCGCGUCAAGCACUGUCCUCGCUGGCCAAUUCAGACGGCGUCGAGGAGGCGUUGGACUCUGUCAAGCCACUACUCGUUUCUGCGCACCAGAUGGUGCUCAUUGCCGAGUUUGCCUUGCCCGAUAUCACUGCCGAAGGCACCAAUCAAGCCAAGGUUGCGCUCGAACUGUUCUCUGCACACAUUCCCAAGAUUGCUGGCGUUCUCAAGAAUGUUGCUGUUGGCGAAGGCGCAGACUUUAAUGUUCAAAACGUGGUCGCUGGCAUGACACCUGUGAUCAAAGAAUUGGGCGUCUUGGCUUCCAAUCUGAAUUCGGCAGUUGCUCACCUGCCCGUGUAAAUGGGUGUGUUCCCGUUUACUCUUUCUUGUGUUUGCUUUCUUCUGUCUUUGUUUUUCUUUUGCCGAGGCUGGGUUUUGGUGGUUUUAUUCCUCUGUUCUUUGUACUUUGGUGUUGCUAUUUGUUUUUCGUUAUUCGUUAUCGACUUUAUGGCCUUGCUGGUUGCUCUGUGCAAGCUGUGUCAAUGUGUAUGUGCGUUGUUUUGCUACACGUCUGUGAGCCACCGAGUUGUUUGUUCUGUGAAAUCCAACUCUGUGGUGUGUCUCGUUCAGUUGUCAAUAUAUUUGGCAUAUUCCCC